GGAUAGGUGGCGUCCUUCUCUCACACACACUUCAGUUGAUAGAGUUCGGGUAUUUGGCAUCAUAGCCGGAGUGUGACUGGAGUGUGUGCGUUGUUACGAGUUAACUGGUAUAAAAUGGUCCACAGAGACGAAAUAUUAAAGCCCAUAUGGCACGCGUUUGGGGCGCUGGAUGUGGACCGGAAAGGAAAAGUGUCUAAGUCUCAACUGAAGGUUCUGUCACACAACCUGUACACGGUUCUGCAGAUUCCAUAUGAAAACUCUGAGCUGGAGGAACAUUUCAAGGACAACGAUGAGGGACCUGUGUCCACGCAAGGCUACAUGCCCUAUUUGAACACCUUCAUCCUAGACAGGAUCCAGGGCAAGUUUGAUUUUAUGGAACUGAAUAAAAUGUGCUGGACAUUGUGUGCUCGCAAGAACAUCUCCAGCAACCGCAUGCUCAUCUCUGAAGAUGACGCUUUAAAAGUCUGGUGUAUAUUUAACUUUCUCUCUGAGGACAGAUAUCCGCUUGUCAUCAUAGUAGAAGAGAUUGAAUAUUUCUUGAGAAAGCUGUUGGAUGCCAUGGGUGGGAACUGGAAUGAGGGCAGGUUUGUGGACUAUAAAGUCCAGCUAAAUAUAAAGCAGAAUUGUCUGAAUGUCUGGGAGCUAAUUGAGCUGAUUGGUAUGGGCUACUUCACCAAGGGCAUGGACCGCCAGACCACCAGCAUGGGCAUCACAGAGGUCUUUCAGGAGCUUAUACUGGAUAUACUCAAACAGGGCUACAUGACAAAAAAAGGCCACAAAAGGAAAAAUUGGACAGAGCGCUGGUUUGAACUGCGACUCGAUUCAAUCUCAUACUACGUGAAUGAAGACCUUGCUGAAAAAAAGGGCUCCAUUUUUCUGGACCGCCACUGCUGUGUGGAGCCUUUAACAGACAAAGAUGGAAAGAAAAACUUAUUUAUCGUCAAAUGUCCAGACAAAAGUCUCGAGAUCAGCGCCCCAGACAAAAAGAAACGUCAAGAGUGGAUCCAGGCUAUCCAGGACUGCAUUAACAGGCAGAGGCAGGGUCUGUCUGCUCCCCACCGUGAGGCUCGACAGAGGCGACGGGAAGUGCGCAGCCGCCUGCAGGCAGAACAAGCGCUGUUAGAGGAACAGAUGAAGGAGCUGCAGCUGGCCAACGAGAAGAAACAGAAAGAGCUGGAAGCCAUGAGGAAGAACCUGGAGGAGGCGGCAGCGAGAGCUCUGAUGGAGGAGCAGAGAAGAAUUCGCACCCAAGCAGAGCUACAGAACAACUACAGAAUGGACCUGGAGAGAGAAAAAAUGGUGAGGCAGCAGAUGGAGGAGCAGGUGGAUCAGAUGUCGAGCGAGCUCAAGUUGUAUCUGCAGCGUGUCCGGGAGCUAGAGGACAUGUACCGUCGCCUGGAGGAGGCGCUAGAGGACGAAAGACAAACAAGACAGGAUGAGGAGAAUCUGCGUAAACUGCAGGCUAGGUUGCUAGAGGAGGAGGUAAAGAAGCGUACUGAGCUGGAGCAGAUACACCUGCAGCAGCAACGAGCCAUCAGUCAGACACAACAGGAGAAAGAGCAGUUGGAGCAGCAGAGGUUGGAGCAGGAACAAACCCUGCAGAAGGCAAUGCAGCAGCUGGCUAACCUCGAACAGCAGAGACAGGGGGCGCUACAGGAGUAUGAGGCUGUGAAAAGAAAAAUGGAGGAGGCGGCGAACAAGACCAAGAGCUGGAAGGAUAAAGUGGCGCAGCAUGAGGGGCUAAUUCGACUCAUCCAGCCAGGCAACAAAGGUCCUCAGAAAAUGACCAACUGGGGGGCAGCAGCAGUCACAGACAAAGAACUGGAAAUUAGAGAAAAGAUUUGGCAAGAGAACAAAAACAACCCUGACAGUGGCCUUUAAUCUUUUUGAAGCGUUUGCAAUUUUUACUGUAAAUGCAAAGUUUUUGUUAAGAUUUUUAUGUUACUGGGAUGGUUGUUAUUUUAUAUUUCUAUAAAUACAUUAUACAGCUCCAGGGUCCUCGGUUUGAUCUGGCAUUCCAUUUACAUUCUGGCUGGAGGUUUUUCUCCCAGUUCCCAAAACCAUAAUGGUAGGUGACCCAAUGACUCUAAAUUGCCCCUAGUUGUGAAUAAAUUCAUGAAAGUGAAUGUGCAUGGAGUCUUUGAUGAACCAUGGUCCUAUUUAAUUUAUUCCCACCUCGAACCCAAUGUUCUUAGGAAAAACUGUAACCCUGAUCAGGAGAAAGUUGUUAAAGAUGAUGAGUGAAUGAACAGUUAACCAAGUUAUCUCUGAAUGUACAAACAGUAUGAGCUUACAGAUGGAAUUAAUUGCAGCAAUUAAAUAAAUUAUAUUGCAAUAUGAUAUAGAACCCAGUGAGACUGUCCAUCUGUAUUAUGUUAUCUUUUAUCUUAUUAUAUAUAUAUUGAAAUCCACACACUGUAACGUGCAUUAUUAUUGUGAGUUCUCAAAUACUAUAAAAGCAGCUCAAAACUUCUAACUGCACAGUGUUGCCCACUAGAUGUCACUCUCAUACUAAUAAAUCUCAGGUUCUUGCAGGAUUUUUCUCGAAACAUCUCAAGCACAAGGCAUGAUAAGAUAUAAGAUAACAUAAUACAGAUGGACAGUCUCACUGGGUUCUUUGAUGCUGAUGCUGUCACUAAUAAAUAGAUUGUAGAAAUGUUCUCACACUGAUAAAAGCUCCAUGAUAAAAAAGUUAUUUGAUCUUGUGUUUGUCAUGGAGCUUCUCUCCAGGGCUUAUAAUAAACAAACAUAGCGCUGUC